AUGUCCCUCAACAGAAACCUGUUGUACGUGCUGGCCAUCUGUGUAGUUGCAUUUGAAUUCGCCCAUGGAUUGCGUAUCAACAUGACCAUGUUCUCCAACUGCCAAGAUGUGAAGCUUCCGUACGAUGAGAUGCCAGUCUCGCUGGAAACGGUACGUUUCGAUCGGGAUGCGGAUGGCGUUUGCGAUACGCUGCAUGCCGAGUAUGAGGUCCGCCAUUCGUCCGACGAUGUCGAAUGGGAGCUGAUCAUUACUACGUACCAGUGCGAGCAGCAGACGGACAAAAUUUGUCUGGACAAUCCGAAGGAGUACAUUGAACCGAUGCAUUGCGAUCGGUUCCAUUCCGAUGAUAGCGGGCCCUGGUUUUUCAUCGCCAGCUCCAUGACCAAUGGUGAUCGGUGUGGAAGAUUUACGGGUCGUUACAACCUGGACGCUGCUGUAAUGAAAAUCAAGUAUCUGGAACAGUAUAUCGCGAUGGGUAAGGGUACUUACCGUGUUCGGAUGCUGUUCCACAUUCCUGGCACGAAUCUGGACACGCUGAACGUUCGUGGAUGCUGCGAGAUGGACUUCGAUGUGAUUGAUUGA